AUGGCUGGUAAAGCCGUCCAGUGUUUCGGGAUCGCGGGGGACUUGUACCCAGAUUUCGUCCGUAAGUAGAUUCGUUUUCGAUCUUUAAGACCUGGAGUUUUUGAUAUGGGUAGCCACUGAUCUGAGAGCAACCAGAAUGUCCAGGAUCUUCAGCAUGCUGUAGAAGCCACGAUGCCUGUCUCGCAAACCGUUUAUGUCGCUACAACGACAGAGACGAACCAAGCAAUAUCUUUUAUCGCGGGCCUUGCAGCUCUAUGUCAUGGCAACCUGAAAUAUGCGCAGCUAUCUGCCUUUACUGUGAGUAGGACCUAUGGACAUCUGCUGGCGAUGAUAUGAGAAGUACUGACAGGCAAUAUGAAGCUGGUACUCCUAACCGACCUCCUCAAUACGAACCUCGCAUCACACAAUGUUCGGACAGAACGUUCUGCUGCGACACCGAUCAAAAAUGUUGCGAACAGGGAAGAGGCCAUAUCUUGAAUGCGAAUGGGAAUGAGAUUGGGGCUAUGGGGCUUACCACGGUUAGACAUAUCUCCAUAUCCUCCUUCAUUUCUGCAGCGAGAACGAAGGAAGUGGCAGUUCCUUCGGAGUUUUCAACAGCAUUGAAAUUUGCACACAAAGCACCGGUUGCAAGAUCAAAAAUAGGAUCCGGAAACUGGACCUACACAGCGACGUUACCGACUUUUGUGACCUCAACCAGAACAGCGAUGUCACGAAUUAUAUCGGUUUCAGUCGACAAUAUCAGUCUACAUUCAGUUUCAUCGAUAUCAACUUCAACGUCGGGGAAGAGUCUGUCAGGUUGGGCUGAAAGCAUGACUCUGCCUUUGGCAAAGCCACGAGAUUCAUCAAGCUCGAGGCUUACGUCGCAAAUAACAGCAGAGUCCUCAAUAUCGACUUCGCAAAAGAUAACGUCAACUCCACCCAGCCUGUCUCAAACCCCAACACCACCGACGGGUCCUGUGGCUCCAACUACCCUGCCAAAUCCUCCAACACCACCUACACCUCCCAUGGCUUCAACCCCACCAACUCCUCCAAGACCAUUGACGCAACUCUCAAUCAAUUCUCCCAAUUCUGCUGUUUUGACUACUUUCUCAUCUGCUCUGUCUUCUCCGGUUAGGAAAGUUGUGAUGCACAACAAUGGCGGAGAGCUGACAGAGCAACCUCAGGCGCCGGUAUCUCAAAAGUCUCCCCCACCACCAGAAUUGCCCUCUUCCACUCACUCGGUCCUUCAACCGGUCGAAUCAACGCCAUCAUCAACAGUACAAACAACGGCUAUCCCAGCUCCAACAAGCAGUCUCUCCUUAAUAUCCACCUUGACCUUUACAUCACUCCUACCGGGGCAGACGACUAUCAACCAUCCCAAGACCACAGAGGUUGGGUCAUCAACUGAGCGAGCUGCAAAUGCCUCAAGUUAUGUAUUCGGAGUCCUCACUUCUAUCAUACCCUCGCUUGAGACAAACCCCCCGAGCAGUAGUGACGAUAAAUUGGCGCCUGGUGCUAAGGUAGCUAUUGGAAUCAUCGUACUUUUAGCAACAUUUGCAAUAGCAGCAUCAGGAUUUUUCUUGUGGAGAAGGAAGAUCAAACGGCAAGAAGAAAGUAUCAAAUUCGCUGUAAUGCCCGGAGAGGAGAGGAGCAAUAAGAGGGAUACGACGUUUUCUUUCCUGAGUGGAAUUUCUCGUAAGAGGGAAUCAAGGAGCGAGAACUUGCACAACGAACAUAUAAAGGCUAUGGAAAAUGUGAUAUGA